UGAAGUGACAUCUUGUGGUUUUGAGUGUUAUUUCCUCAGUGUUUCCUAAAGCCUCUUAUAAUGCAGACUGCAUUUGAAAGGUUAUGAGCAACGAAACCAAGUAAGUCUUAAAGUAACCUCACUCUUGCUUAAACUGCAAACAGGAGCAAAACCAAGCAAGUGAUUUCAGGUAAAUAUGUGUGUUAGCCAGAAGCAAGACUCAACCUCAGUGAAGUAUAAGAAGCCAGACCACAGGAGAUCACGUGACUGUAGACUUUUACACCAGGUCCCCAGUCUUCCAAGACAGAACUUGAGUAACUGAAGCCUCUUCAUUUUGCUCCCACGUUUUCCUAAUAGAGCUGACUGACGUGUCAUCACGGGAGCAUAGACACUCCAUCUUUCAGUCCGGUACUUCCCAGUUUGUACAGUGCAUCUUUUUCAAAUAAAUUCUUCAACAUUUUAGAGUUUUCUUUUACAGUGAUUAGCAAACUGAAUGUUUUCCCCUGUGCUUAUGGUCAUUUGUAAACCUUCUUUGGAGAAAUGCCUAAUCCAGUGUUUUGCCCAUUUUGAAAUUGAGUUGUCUAUGGUGAAUUGUAGAUGUUCUUUGUUUAAGAUAACCUUUUUGAAUUUGUUUAACCUUAUAUCACAUAUGUAAUUUACAUUAUUCAUCACCCAUUCUUGGGUUGCCUUUCUAUACUCUUUUUAUAAAUCAUUUUAUGCACAAAAGUCCUUAAUUUUACAAAGUGGAUUUUAUCUAUUUAUUCACUCAUGUUGAGAUUUUGGUAUCAUAUUCAAGAAAUAAUCCCUACUUGAAAUCCAAGUUAGGUAAAACAGAGACCAGGUUAGCCCCAGGUUAGCCUGUUGCAAUUAAGGUCUGCUUUCCUUCCUGCAGACAGGAUCUGUGUCUGGUUGGGGUUAGGGCUAGGCAGUGAAAAGUCAAGUAAACACACACGUAAUUCACACUGUUUAUUCAUUUGGACAUCUCAGUGUUUGUGUAAUUCACGGCUGCCUUUCAAAGCUUCUAUGCAUUUUCAGCCAUUUUAAAAUCUAUUCACAGAAGAAACAAGGUCUUAGAAACCUCUGGUCUGCCAUUUUGCUGAGUCGUUAAGGUUUUGGAAACUGACUUAUGUUAUUGGCAGUGUGCAGUAAUCUGUAACUAGUAGGUACUUACAGAUUGUGGGAGGUCACAUGCUAAAGGCGUUCAUUAAAAGGCUUAGCAUAUUGUAAGACCUUAAUGAAGGUAACUGUUGUUUGGGUUUUAUCACACUGAAGUAAAACUUUAUAGAUGAUGGCAGCCCAUGUCUUACCAAAAGCUUCUUGAGAACUUUGGAAGAAUGAUGGAGAAAGAGGAGAACGUCCUAUGUGUCUAUUUGCUGCCAAUAGAAAUGUACAAAUGUCAUCAGUCCUAAUCCACCUAGGGUUGGAGUAACACUGAGGUGGAGACUAACUUUGUAUUCUUCUUGCAGAUUCCUCUAGCUUGGCAAGUGGCUAUGGCCAGACCAGAAAUGAUGGCUCCCAUUUGUCUGGUGGAAAACUUCAAGGAGCAGCUGUCUGUGAACCAGAAAGCCAUCAAGAUCCUGGACACUAUUUCGCAGCCAGUGGUAGUCGUGGCUAUUGUUGGAUUGUAUCGAACAGGGAAGUCCUACCUGAUGAACCGUUUGGCAGGACAGAAUCACGGCUUCCCUCUGGGCUCCACGGUGCAGUCUGAGACCAAGGGCAUCUGGAUGUGGUGUGUGCCACAUCCCACCAAGCCAAAGCACACCCUGGUCCUCCUGGACACUGAAGGCCUGGGGGACGUGGAAAAGGGUGACCCUAAGAAUGACUCGUGGAUCUUCGCCCUGGCCGUGCUUCUGAGCAGCACCUUCGUCUACAACAGCAUGAGCACCAUCAACCACCAGGCCCUGGAGCAGCUGCAUUAUGUCACAGAACUCACCGAGCUGAUCAGGGCAAAGUCUUCCCCAAAUCCUGAUGGAAUAAAGAACUCCACAGAGUUUGUGAGUUUCUUUCCAGACUUCAUCUGGACUGUUCGGGAUUUCAUGCUGCAGCUGAAGUUAAAUGGAGAAGACAUCACAGAGGACCAGUACCUGGAGAAUGCACUGAAACUGAUCCCAGGCAACAAUCCCAGAGUCCAAGCAUCCAAUUUGCCCAGGGAGUGCAUCCGACAUUUCUUUCCUAAACGGAAAUGUUUUGUCUUUGACCGGCCAACGGAUGACAAAGAACUCUUACAAAAAAUUGAGACUAUCUCAGAAGACCAGCUGGAUCCUAAGUUCCAGGAACAAACGAGGGCUUUUGUUUCUUACGUCUUCACCUAUGCAAAGAUCAAGACCCUCAGAGAGGGAAUUACGGUCACUGGGAACCGACUGGGGACUCUGGUGACGACCUACGUGGAUGCCAUCAACAGUGGAGCUGUGCCUUGUCUGGAUGAUGCGGUGACAACUCUGGCCCAGCGUGAGAACUCAGCAGCUGUGCAGAAGGCAGCUGACCACUACAGUGAGCAGAUGGCCCAGCGACUGAGGCUCCCCACAGACACGCUCCAGGAGCUGCUGGGUGUGCACACAGCCUGUGAGAAGGAAGCCAUUGCUGUCUUCAUGGAGCACUCCUUCAAGGACGAAAACCAGCAAUUCCAGAAGAAGCUGCUGGAAUUAAUAGAUGAGAAGAAAAGGAUUUUCAUGUUGAAGAACGAAGAAGCAUCAGAUAAAUACUGCCAGGAAGAACUGAGUCGACUUUCAAAGGCUUUGGUGGAAAAUAUUUCAAUGUUUUCUGCUCCUGGAGGACACAGGCUCUACAUGGAAAUGAGGGAAAAGAUUGAACGUGACUAUUGGCAGCUGCCCAGGAAAGGGGUUAAGGCAAGUGAAGUCUUCCAGAGCUUUCUGCAGUCACAGGCCACCAUUGAGAGUUCCAUCCUGCAGGCAGAUACAGCCCUCACUGCUGGGGAGAAGGCCAUUGCAGAGGAGCGGGCCCAGAAGGAGGCGGCUGAGAAGGAACAGGAGCUGCUAAGACAGAAGCAGAAGGAGCAGCAGCAACUGAUGGAGGCUCAGGAGAGAAGUCACAAGGAAAACCUAGAGCAACUGAGAACGAAGCUGGUGCAGGAGAGAGAGCAGCUCAUCAAAGACCACAAGAUGAUGCUGGAGAAGCAGCUGCAGAAUCAGAAGGCUUUGCUUGAAGAAGGGUUUAAGAAGAAAGCUGAGGAAAUGAAUGGAGAAAUACAGCGAUUGAGACAUAACGUCGAGGAUAUGAGAAAAAACAGUGGUUCCGUUUUGGACAAAAUUCUAGGAGGAUUUGCUACAGUGAUUUGUGCUCCUGCUUUAUUGAUUACAGAGGCUGUAAGAGGCAUUGCUUCACUAUUUAAAUAGAAUUCACUCUUCUUUUGAUGAAAUGAUAGAUUGUGAAUAUCUACUUUGUCUUUUUGUUUUGAAGCUUCGUGUUUUUAUCUUCAUUCAGCAAAUUUAAACAUAAAAAGUGCUUAUUAGAGGACAUCUAUGCCUGCACCACAGUAGACAGAACAUAUGUAUACAUGUUUGCACAGACAAUGUUUGCUUUUAGGGAACAAAUUUUUGAAACCAUUCAUAUGUAAGCUAUGUAAUUAGUCAUUAUACAUGGUGACAGUUACUGUUGGUCAACUUGACUGGAUAUAGAAUCAUCCAGGGGACAAGCUCUUCUGCAUCCUGUGAGGACUGUCUCAGCUAGGUUAGUUUGUGGGGGAUCACAAGCUCUUCUGCAUCCUAUGAGGACCAUCUCCACUAGGUUAGCUUGUGGGGGAUCACAAUCUCUUCUGUACCCUAUGAGUACCAUCUCAACUGGGUUAGCUUGUGGGGGAUCAUCUCAAGUUACUAUGAUGGGGAACACAUCUGAAGUGUGGGCACCACUGUUCCUGUGGACUGGGGACCUAGUUAAAAGGUGAGAGAAAGCUGGGCACUAACGUCCACCACUUGUGGCUUCCUGACUGUGGAUGCCAUGUGAUCAGCCAGCCUCCACUUCUUUCAGCAUGCUUUCUCCAACAUGCUCAAUGUAUCAUCUGGAACCAUGAAAUAGAACAAACCAUUUCUUUCUUAUCUUGCUUUUGUUGGGGUGUUUUGUCACAACAAGAAGAAAAGUUAUUGAUAUUGUCAUAAUGGUGAUACAUUAGGAAACUACUUAAACAUCGUUGAAUCAGAUUGAUAACUAAUUUUAAUAUGUCUGGAUCCUAGAUUACUAUACAGUCAAGAAACAAAUGUCAGUCAAGCUUUCUGUAUACUAAUGUAAAUUAAGCUUAAAGAUUCCUUAUAAAAUAAAGUGAAAACACCAUAUAAUAGUGUGC